UUCUAGGGCUUUCUUUUCCUUUCCCUCUUUAUUUUUGCCCUAUAGACACUCUCUCUCUGUCUCUGGCUAGGUUUUCUGUCUGGUUUCUUGCUCAUAUACGAAGAAAGGGAAGGAUCGCAGGCGUGGUGAAGAGCAAUAGUAUAAGAUUCAGGUGGGGAAGAAAAUGGGGUUCCAAAUGCAGCCGUAUGGGAUUCAAGCAAUGUUGAAAGAAGGGCACAAGCAUUUUUCCGGUCUGGAUGAAGCUGUGCUCAAGAACAUCGACGCCUGCAAGCAGCUUUCUACUAUCACAAGAACUUCUCUCGGUCCCAAUGGUAUGAACAAGAUGGUUAUCAACCAUCUGGAUAAACUCUUUGUCACGAAUGAUGCUGCCACUAUUGUGAAUGAACUCGAGGUUCAGCAUCCUGCAGCCAAGAUUUUGGUUUUGGCAGGCAAGGCUCAACAGGAAGAGAUAGGAGAUGGGGCUAAUUUGACAGUUUCUUUUGCCGGGGAGCUCCUUCAGAAUGCCGGGGAGCUCAUAAGAAUGGGACUCCACCCAAGUGAGAUUAUAAUAGGAUACACAAAAGCUAUUAAUAAGACUGUUGAAAUAUUAGAUGAUUUGGUUGAGAAAGGUUCUGAAAAUAUGGAUGUGAGGAAUAAGGAUGAAGUUAUUUUGCGGAUAAAGGCUGCUGUUGCCAGCAAGCAAUUUGGACAGGAGAAUAUUUUAUGCCCUCUUAUUGCUGAUGCAUGCAUACAAGUAUGUCCCAAGAAUCCUGCAAACUUUAAUGUGGAUAAUGUCCGAGUUGCAAAGCUUUUGGGUGGAGGUUUGCAUAAUUGUACUAUAGUUCGAGGUAUGGUUCUGAAGAGUGGUGCUGUUGGGACUAUAAAGAGAGUGGAGAAGGCUAAGGUUGUUGUAUUUGCUGGAGGGGUUGAUACAUCUGCGACUGAAACAAAGGGAACAGUCCUUAUUCAUAGUGCUGAGCAGCUGGAGAAUUAUGCAAAAACUGAAGAAGCUAAAGUUGAGGAGCUCAUCAAGGCAGUUGCGGACUCUGGGGCCAAAGUUAUUGUUAGUGGUGCAGCAGUUGGAGAGAUGGCACUACACUUCUGUGAGCGUUACAGGCUUAUGGUCUUAAAAAUCAGCUCAAAAUUUGAACUCCGACGCUUUUGCCGCACAACUGGUGCUGCUGCUAUUUUGAAGCUUAGCCAGCCAAAUCCGGAUGAUUUGGGAUAUGCGGAUUCUAUGUCUGUGGAGGAAAUUGGGGGUGUUAGGGUAACCAUUGUGAGAAAUGAAGAAGGUGGAAACUCAGUAUCCACUGUGGUUCUUCGAGGAAGUACUGAUAGCAUAUUGGAUGACCUUGAGAGAGCUGUUGAUGAUGGUGUGAAUACAUACAAGGCAAUGUGCAGGGACAGCCGGAUGAUACCUGGUGCUGCUGCCACUGAAAUAGAGUUGGCUAGGAGACUGAAGGAGUUCUCUUUUAAAGAAACAGGAUUGGAUCAGUAUGCAAUUGCAAAAUUUUCUGAGAGCUUUGAGAUGGUACCUAAAACCCUGGCUGAGAAUGCUGGUCUAAAUGCGAUGGAGAUAAUAUCUUCUCUAUAUGCUGAACAUGCAUCUGGAAACACCAGGGUGGGCAUUGACUUGGAAGAAGGUGUCUGCAAGGAUGUCUCUGCUUUGACCAUUUGGGACCUCCAUGUCACCAAGUUCUUUGCUCUCAAAUAUGCUGCAGAUGCUGCAUGCACUGUUCUGAGAGUUGACCAGAUUAUAAUGGCAAAACCAGCUGGUGGCCCAAGGAGAGAUCAGCCUGCAGGGAUGGAUGAGGAGUAAAGAAGUCUUGAAUGAGCUGGCUUAGAAACUCAAAUGGCUAUGCAUGUAAUUUUCAUGGGCGGAAUUUUGGUCCUCUUUCUUUCUGCAUGUCAAACGACUUUAGGGGGCAGUAUCUAUUUUUGUUCUUGUAUAUUACUCUCUCUACACGUUUGGUUUUAAGUUUAUGUGCGUGGUAUUUUGCCCAAAAAUUUGGCACUCUGCAUGACGCAGAGGCACCAAUGGUACAAGUAAAGCCGAGAAGGGAUUUUCUCA